AGCAGAAGCCGUCCGAACCCGAUGAUGAGGAGAGGUGCAGUGUGAGCCUGUCCUCCACAUGUACGGAGAGAGAGAGAGAGGCGACUAGGGUUCGGACACCGGCAGCGGCUCACCGGCCGACGAUCCCCUCCCGUCCGCCGACGCCGCCGCCCCGGGCACGCUCGCUCCCUUUUUCCGCGAGGUGGGGUGGGUUGCAGCGGCGAGCACACCCCCUCCCCUCCCCUCCCGUACGUGCUCCCGCCGCAGCGGUAGCGUCAAGGGCGGCCCGACUGUGCGAGGAUUCGCAGCGCGAGGCUUAUGGUGUGCAGUGAGUGAGCCAACACUUAUCGGCGCAAGAAUGGAUGGGAAUGCUGAGCCAAUCCAAUUCUCAUGGGGCAAGCGUCGAGGAGCUGGUGGUUCUAAGAUGGAUACAGUUUUCUAUGGGUCCUUCACAUUGGACAAUGUGAAGUAUUCAUUGUAUGACUGUGUCUAUCUAUUUAAGCAUGGUGAUCCUGUACCAUACAUUGGGAAAAUAGUGAAGAUUUGGGAGCAAAAUAGUGCUAAAAGAGUAAAAGUUCUUUGGUUUUUCCUCCCUGAUGAGAUUCGGAACUAUUUAAGAGGCCCUGUAAUGGAAAAGGAGAUUUUUCUUGCUUGUGGUGAAGGUAUUGGGCUUGCAGAUAUCAACCCACUGGAAGCUGUUGCUGGAAAAUGUACUGUUAUAUGUAUUUCAAAGGACGAGAGGAAUCGUCAACCUUCCCCUCAGGAACUGGAAAUUGCUGAUUAUAUCUUCUAUAGGUUCUUUGAUGUUGGAAGUUUAACACAUUCUGAUCAGUUACCUGAUAAAAUUGCUACAUUGACAGUUGAUGUUCUGCUGAAUCCAAAAGAUGAGCUAGUCGUAUCCAAUCCUGGUACAAAUGUUCCGCCAAAUCCAAAUGUGGAUGAGGGUCUGGUUGCCACAGUCCCUGCACUCCCUUCAGCAGUUAAAACGGAGGAUGGGAGUCAGGCUGCUGCACUUCCCCUUCCGCAGCCAGCAUUUGAGGUGGAUGAAAAUCCGCCUGCCACAGUUCCCCUUUCCCAAUCAGAGGUCAAGGAGGAACAGAAACAGCCUGUGGUCAGGAAAGAGGAUAAGAAAUCAGUUGCUGCCAUUCCCCUUUCCCAUUCAGCAGUCAAGGAGGAUGAGAAACCAGCUGCUUCGAUUGCCCCUCCGCAGCCUGCAGUUAUGGAUAACAUUCCCAAGCAUACACAGUUACAGGAUGCUCACACUGGGGAGAGGCCACCAAAAAAGUUGAAAUUAUCCCAAGUAACUUCAGAUCAGGACAUGGACCCAGAGACUACUGAACAAAGACCUUUGGAGCUACCACCAAAGAAUAUUGACAGAAGCAAAUGGUUUAAUAUUGAAUGGGAUGACAGACUAAAGAUGGCUGAUGAUAAGGGGACACUUGUCUAUAUUCAAAAUCUUGAUAUUCGGUUUGGACCUGCUGACAUAGAGGAGCUGGUUCGUAAAGCAUUACAAUUAAGUUGUAAUGCGAAGCCCAUUAACCACCCCACGUAUGAUGAUCCAAACAAUGGUAAAGCAUAUGCCAUAUUCAAAACUAAAGAUGCUGCUGAUGCUGCCAUUUCAAAAAUCAAUUCUGGUUUGGUUGUUGGUGGAAGACCUCUUUACUGCAGCAAAGGCUUACUCGAGGUUCCAAAGCCUCCAAAGAAUCUUGUUGGGCACCUCUCCUCACAUGUCAAAAUUGGUCACAAGCAGCGUGACGAGCAGAGCAAGGCUGUAGCAACCUCGCAUUGUUCCCAGCCCAACACGAUCGAGUACGACUUGGCCUUGGACUGGAUGCUUCUUCGGGAAAAGCAAGACCAAAGCUUCAGAAUACUUCACAAGAAGCACAGAGAAGCCAGGAAAGUGUUUGCAAGCCUGGGCAACAAAAGUUUGAAGGCAGAGAAAUAGCAGGCCGGUUCUUGUGCCAUAUCAGAUGGAUGUCUUAAUCACCAUGUGUCGGAGCUUGGUGUUGUAUGACUGGCAAGUUUCUUCUCUGCGGAAGAGUGUUGUGCACAGCACAGAGGUUUUCUUUUUUGCUUAGUCAUUGGCUUCAUUGGGUUAAUUCGUGUUACCAGUGGCUGGUGAUGUUAGUUCGUGUUAGGAAAGGAAAGAAAGUGCAUGACAGAUUUUAGAAGUCAGAGCAGGCCUAGGCAUCAUCAAUAGCCGAUGCAGCAAGUUCGGUGGCCAUAAGUUGUUUUAGGCUAACAUAUGGUUACCUCGGUUAGCAAUUCACAGAUUGUAAACAUUUUUGAGUCUUUUCUUUUAUGAACCCUCUGCUCUACCAUUGGAUAUAUUCGUCAAUGAAAAGGAUAGAAGGCGUUUAUGAUGGUGGAAAUGGAGUCUGGGCAUGCCAGCAUAUA